CCUUCUAUGGGUGAUACCAUUUCGCUUAUGUUCGUUUCUCAUUGUUAUAUCUAUUUUACCAACCCUAUUAAUAACCUGCUUUAUUUUUCUGUUGAUGUUUAAAUUCACGGUUGACCAUGGUAAACAAGCCCGAAUCAGGCUUGUUUACAUUGUCACGGACAGUAUUCCCAGAUUGGGGGUAAACCUGGCCCAAUCUGGCAACACUGGUCACCGAAGCAUUGAGUAGUUUUCCUUGUGGUUGGUAAAAAAAAUACUAGCUUCUCGACAUUAUAGAAAGAUUACAUUGAAAAACAUCCAAUUCAUAAGAUAUGAGUAAGGGAGACGCCCAGGGAUGUCUGAAGAAGUCAGGCGGACUGCAGGAACGUGAUGCGAGUGCCAACGCGUCCUCCUCACCCGUCAUCGCUGCCUUCAAAGUUUUUCAACAGGAGCUCGACACAAAACACGACAAACAUGAGCGUCUGGUCAAGAUCAGCCGAGAUAUCACCAUUGAAAGCAAGAGGACGAUCUUUCUCUUACACAGAGUAACCAGUGUUACAGAUGUGGAAAGCAUUCUGAAGGAAUCGGAUGUGAAGCUGGACUUGGUCAGGCGGAAGAUUGCUCAAAUAGCAGAAGAGCUUAAAGGGGAGGACAUAUACCAGUUUCACAGAGCCUUCACCGCUGGAAUCCAGGAGUAUGUCGAGGCUGUCUCUUUCCAGCACUACAUCCGCCACCGCACCCUCAUCAGCCUGGAGGAGAUCAAUGCCAUGCUGGUGUUCACUGAGGCACAGUCUACAGACGCCAAGGAGCCAGCCGAGGAGGACGCCCCCCCACCGACGGUGACCGCGGUGAGCGCGCCCCCCUUCCAGGUGAUCCCGUCGGACUACCUGCUGGGCGUGGCCGACCUGACGGGCGAGCUGAUGCGCAUGUGCAUCGGCAGCGUGGGCAACGGCGACAUCGACACGCCCUUCCAGCUCAGCCAGUUCCUGCGGCAGGUGCACGACGGCUUCUCGUACAUCGGCAACUCGGGGCCCUACGAGGUGUCCAAGAAGCUGCACACGCUGCGCCAGAGCCUGGCCAAGGUGGAGGACGCCUGCUACGCGCUGCGCGUAGCGGGCUCCGAGAUCCCCAAGCACAUGCUGGCCGACGUGUUCGCCAGCCGCGACGCCAUGAUGGACGCCGACGAGGGCGUGGCCUAGAGGGGGUGUGGUCAAGAGAGGAGGGCGGGGCUGAGAGGGGUGGGUGGUACGUGGCCUAGAGGGGUAGGCAGUGUGUGGCCUAUAGGAGGCGUGGCCUAGAGGGGCGGGUGGCGGCCUAGAGGGGUGAGCGGGGCGUGGCCUAGAGGGGGCGUUGCCCUGAGGGGAGGGCGCUGCGUGAUGCGGUGCGAUGUUUAAGGUCUGCGUUUACGUGGUGUGUUCUUGCGAUUGUUACCAUGCGGUUUUCGCUAUUGUUGUGUUGAAAUGUUUUUUUUAUUUUUUAUGAUUGUCUUUUCAUUGAGGUUCGUUGUUUCAUGUGAGGCCCGACGUGUUGAAUUGGAAGAACGAAGUUUGGUCACAGCAAUGUUGUUGUUUUUUUUGCAUUGAAAUUUCAAAGUUGUGAAUAAACUUACGGGCAGGGCUUCAA